AUCGAGUUCUGUGUGAGAUCUGCGAAAGAAAAAAAAAAAACUAGAGAUAGAAAGAGAAAGAAGGGAGAGAUUUUCGUCUCCGAGGGAGAAAAAUUUUCAGGCGGGAAGAGGCGGAAAGCUGGAGUCGUAUCCUCUGUUGUGGAUUGUGUAUUGAGAUAAUCUUGUGGCGGUUUUGGUUUUUUGUUGAUUUUUGGAGGCGUUUUUUUCGAAUCUGCUUUUUGGUUUUCUUCCGCCAUGAGGAUCCGGAAGAACGCGAAGUUAUCGCCACUGUUGUUUUCGGCUGUGGAGUGCGUUCCGCAGGUUCUUCAGACGCACGUUUGUCAGUUGAACCAGUCGCCAUGGGAUGUGAUUCCUCUCGAGCAACACGCCGCGCACCAGCUCGAGGAGGUCGAAGAUAGCUUCUACGAAAAUGCUAGUUUAGGCGGUUCUAUCGGAGCCGUCGAGAGCGUUGCGUCGAUGAUGGAGGGAUCAGCGAAGUUAUCGAAUAAUAAUAUUGUUAUUACCAACGAGAGUGAAGUAAUGGCAGACAAGGAUGGGGAUUAUUGUGAAGAUUUUGAUGAAAAUGGAGAUGAAUUCGAGAAAUUAGUCGAUAGCAGUUUGAAACAAUUUCAGGAGGAAGAUUAUUCUUCGUUUAGUUUCGACCGCCGUCACCACCACCGCCGUUCACAUCUUAGGUCUAGCGAGAAUAAUUAUUAUUCUACUCUCAAUAAUUCCUCGAUUUCAAAGAAAUCCGCCGCCGGAUGUACCGUCUCGCGGCGGAUGCGGCCGCCAAAGGCUUCGAAGAAGGCGGUUAGUGCGGCGACGGGAUCGAAUCCGUACGAGUUUUAUUAUUAUUCUGGAUUCGGACCGCUGUGGGGGAAGAAACGACGGGAGAGAGGAGGGGAAGACGGUGGGAAAUCGAGCGAAAAUAGGGCGGGAAUUCGGAGUAAUGCGACGGUGCCGUCGCCGUCACCGUCGGAAAUGGACGGCGAGGAAUUGGAUUAUGUCGAAGAGGACGACGACGAUGAGGAGGAGGAGAAGGACGGCGACGGCGGGAAGAAGCGGAUGAGGAAGCCGGUGAAAGCGCGGUCGUUGAAGUCGCUGAUGUGAAAGAAGAAAUUGGAUUUGGAUUUGAAUUUGGAAUUUGGAAUUGGGAUUUUGGAAUUUCGAAUUGG